CCGUGCGGCCCUCUAGGACACGCUCAGUCGGGAUACGCCAGGCUCAGCGCGCGGGGUGGCAAGAACUGAGGAGAGCGAGCCCUGAGCGCGGCAAGGGCCGCCCAGCACCCGCAAGGAGGCCGGCUGGGGCGCGUACUCCGGCUGACUCGCACUGGCACUGGAUGCUAGGGAUGGUGUCCUGGACGAGGUGGCAUGGACCUGCGAUGGCGAGGCUCUGGGGCUUCUGCUGGCUGGUUAUGGGCUGCUGGAAAGCCGCUCUUGCCUGUCCCACGUCCUGCAAAUGCAGCGCUUCUCGAAUCUGGUGCAGCGACCCUUCUCCUGGCAUCGUGGCAUUUCCGAGGUUGGAGCCUAACAGUGCAGACCCUGAGAACAUCACCGAAAUUUACAUUGCAAAUCAGAAAAGAUUAGAAAUCAUCAAUGAAGAUGAUGUUGAAGCUUACGUGGGACUGAAAAAUCUGACAAUUGUGGAUUCUGGAUUAAAAUUUGUGGCUCAUAAAGCAUUUCUGAAAAAUGACAACUUACAGUACAUCAAUUUCACCCGAAACAAAUUGACGAGUUUGUCUAGGAAACAUUUCCGUCACCUUGACUUGUCUGAAUUGAUCCUCAUGGGCAAUCCAUUUACAUGCUCCUGUGAAAUUAUGUGGAUCAAGACUCUUCAGGAGACUAAAUCUAGUCCAGAAACUCAGGAUCUGUACUGCCUAAAUGAAAGCAGCAAGAAUAUUCCCCUGGCAAACCUGCAGAUACCCAAUUGUGGUUUGCCAUCAGCAAAUUUAGCUGCACCUAACCUUACUGUAGAAGAAGGAAAGUCUAUCACAUUAUCUUGCAGUGUUGCAGGCGAUCCAGUUCCGAAUUUGUACUGGGAUGUCGGUAAUCUGAUUUCCAAGCAUAUGAAUGAAACAAGCCACACACAGGGCUCCUUAAGGAUAACUAACAUUUCAUCUGAUGACAGUGGAAAGCAAAUCUCUUGUGUGGCAGAAAAUCUCGUAGGGGAAGAUCAAGAUUCUGUCAACCUCACUGUACACUUUGCUCCAACUAUCACAUUUCUCGAAUCUCCAACCUCAGACCACCACUGGUGCAUUCCAUUCACUGUGAAAGGCAACCCCAAACCAGCGCUUCAGUGGUUCUAUAACGGGGCAAUAUUGAAUGAGUCCAAAUACAUCUGUACUAAAAUCCAUGUUACCAAUCACACGGAAUACCAUGGCUGCCUCCAGCUGGAUAAUCCCACUCAUAUGAACAACGGGGACUACAAGUUAGUAGCCAAGAAUGAGUAUGGGAAGGAUGAGAAACAGAUUUCUGCUCACUUCAUGGGCAGGCCUGGUAUUGACACUGGUUCAAGCAUGUAUUAUACUGAUGUAAUUUAUGAAGAUUAUGGGACUGCAGCAAAUGACAUAGGGGACACCACGAACCGAAGCAAUGAUAGCUUUACCCCAGAUAUGACUGACAAAACCGGUCGGGAGCAUCUCUCGGUCUAUGCUGUGGUGGUAAUUGCAUCUGUGGUCGGAUUCUGUCUGCUGGUAAUGCUGUUUCUGCUGAAGUUGGCAAGACACUCCAAGUUUGGCAUGAAAGGGCCAGCUUCAGUUAUCAGCAAUGAUGAUGACUCUGCCAGUCCACUCCACCACAUCUCCAAUGGGAGUAACACUCCAUCGUCUUCAGAGGGCGGCCCUGAUGCCGUCAUAAUUGGAAUGACCAAGAUCCCUGUUAUUGAAAAUCCCCAGUAUUUUGGCAUCACCAACAGUCAGCUCAAGCCAGACACAUUUGUUCAGCAUAUCAAACGACAUAACAUCGUUCUGAAAAGGGAGCUAGGCGAAGGAGCCUUUGGAAAAGUUUUCCUAGCUGAAUGCUAUAACCUCUACCCUGACCAGGACAAGAUAUUGGUGGCAGUGAAGACGCUGAAGGAUGCCAGUGACAACGCUCGCAAGGACUUCCACCGUGAGGCUGAGCUGCUGACCAACCUGCAGCAUGAGCACAUUGUCAAGUUCUACGGCGUCUGCGUGGAGGGCGACCCACUCAUCAUGGUCUUUGAGUACAUGAAGCAUGGGGACCUCAACAAGUUCCUCAGGGCGCACGGGCCCGACGCUGUGCUGAUGGCCGAAGGUAACCCUCCUCGCGAGCUGACGCAGUCGCAGAUGCUGCACAUCGCGCAGCAGAUCGCCGCGGGCAUGGUCUACCUGGCGUCCCAGCACUUUGUGCACCGCGACCUGGCUACCAGGAACUGCCUGGUCGGCGAGAACCUCCUGGUGAAAAUCGGGGACUUCGGCAUGUCCCGGGACGUGUACAGCACUGACUACUACAGGGUUGGUGGCCACACAAUGCUACCCAUUCGCUGGAUGCCUCCGGAGAGCAUCAUGUACAGGAAGUUUACUACAGAGAGUGACGUCUGGAGCCUGGGGGUUGUGUUGUGGGAGAUCUUCACGUAUGGCAAACAGCCCUGGUACCAGCUAUCAAACAAUGAGGUGAUAGAAUGCAUCACUCAGGGUCGAGUCUUGCAACGACCUCGAACAUGCCCCCAGGAGGUCUAUGAGUUGAUGCUGGGGUGCUGGCAGCGAGAGCCCCACAUGAGGAAGAACAUCAAGGGCAUCCACACCCUCCUUCAGAACUUGGCCAAGGCAUCUCCUGUCUAUCUGGAUAUUCUAGGCUAAGUCCCUUUCCCCCAGACCGAUCCUACCCAAGCACCUCCUCAGAUGGCCAAGAGGAUGAACGUCUUUUAACUGCCGCUGGAUGCCACCAAUCUGCUGUUCUUCACUCUGACAGUAUGAACAACAAAGACACCGAGAAGCUUUCAGAGGGGAGCAAUGUGUACUUCUCCAUCCGUAGACACAGUAUGGACUUCUUUUUGGCAUUAUCUCUUUCUCUCUUACCAUCUCCCUUGGUUUGUACCCUGGUUUUGGUUUUCUCUUUCUUUUCUUCUUUUUUUCUGUUUGUUUCCCUGCUUCACAGUUUCUACCCUUUCUUUUUUAAUCAAUCUGGCUUCUGCAUUACUAUUAACUCUGCAUAGACAAAGGCCUUAACAAACCUAAUUUGUUAUAUCAGCAGACUCUCCAGUUUGCCCACCACAACUAACAAUGCCUUGUUGUAUUCCUGCCUUUGAUGUGGAUGAAAAAAGGGAAAACAAAUCUUUGACUUAAACUUUGUCACUUCUGCUGUACAGACACCGAGAGUUUCUAUGGAUUCACUUCUAUUUAUUUAUUAUUAUUACUGUUCUUAUUGUUUUUGGAUGGCUUCAGCCUGUGUAUGAAAAAGGAAAACUUUGUGUUCAAUCUGGGAAGCCUUUGUUUGUGGGAGAUCAAAGCCAGAAAGAAAGAAGAUUUACUCGAAAACCACACUAUGCGAGGAACAAAGACAACCAUUGGGAUCAGCUGCCGUUAGUCCCUAUUUAAGAAAAACUCAGAGAAUGUCAACUGGGAGGAAUGUAUUCAGCUCCUUCCCCUGAGGACCCUUCUGAGGAGUAAAAAGACUGUUGAACUCUGCCAUGAACUAGUCUCUCUUCCCAUCACCAGAAACACUAGUGUGUAGUAGGGAGAAAAGAUGGCUUCCUUGAGACACAAGAUGGCGCAUCACAGACUCGACAGGUCUUCUCUUUGAAGGUCAUGGUAAUAGCACUGAUUUGUUUUUCCAAGUGUUAUCCACUGAGCCUUUGUCAAGUUCAGUUGAAAAUAGGUGGAUUCUUGUCCAGAGAUCAUUUCAGGGUCAGGUGGGACAGCCAAGGACUUGGAAAAGAUCAGACUAACUAUAAAUUUGGAGGCAAGUUUCUCUUACACUGAACUUUUCAGAUCGCACUUCGCUCUGACACCUUCUCUCCUCCCCACCCAUCCUUUUAACUGUGCAAGCAAAAUUGUGCAUGGUCUUCGUCAAUUAAUACCUUGUCUGCAGAAACUACCACUCCAGACUUCGUGCCGCUGAUAGCUAGAGCAGUUCCACAAAAGGUAUAACUUAUAUAAUUAGGGGAAGCUAAUGGAGUUCAUUAGCUGAGUAUUAAUGUCUCUUGGUUGUAUGGUGGUGAUAGAUUUUUAUGAUUAUGGACCCUGAAGCCUGGAUGUCCUCAUCCACCUCCAAUGCACUGUGAGAAGGGCAGGAUCUAUCCCUGAGGGAAAGGAAACCUCACCCUAGGACGUCACAUGCAUUGAUGUUCAGUGUACACAGGCCACGUCCUUGCUAUGGGCUCUGGUUGGGAGAGUGGUUUCAUUCCAUGUGUACUCCAUCGUCAGUCUGCUGUUUUGUUUUCUUCACUCCAGUAAAAUAAGUAAAAAUAAAAUAUUAGGCACAUCAUGCCAAGGGGAGGCUAUGCCCAGACCAAGCUUCUGAGCAUAGUCAAUGGUUUUGGGAAAAGAGAUUGUAAAUUUAAGUACAAAUUUACAGUUAUUUGGAUGAUCAGUUAUACCAAGAAAGAAAAAUAUUUCUGUUCCUCAAGAAAACUUGCUACCCUCUGUGAGGGGAAUUUUGCUAACUUGACAUCUUUAUAACAUGAGCCAGAUUGAAAAGGAGUGAUUUUAAUUCAUCUUAGGUCAUUCUAUUCAUAUUUGUUUCUGAAGGUGCAAUUGCUUUGUUUAAGUUUUGCUUGCACCCUUAAUUUCUGGAGCAACUUAUUUUCUAUUACAGGCUUUGAAAGCCAGUUCUCAAAAAAUCAAGUGUCAAUUAACAGAGAACAAAAGGAAAUCCAGUAGCAUCUUUGGUCAAGUGAAGGGGGUUGGACAAGAUGAAUACUACAGUCCCUUCAAGUUCUGGGCUGGCCUAUGAGACAUGGGAGUUGAGUUAUUUGUUCUCUUUGCUGGCGAAAAACAACCCCUCCAGAAUAUACAUAAUAAUAUAAUGAAAGCCAUAUCUCCAUGAUAUAUACGUGCACGUAUAUAUCCUAUUAAGGACCCAUGGUACUGUUAAAACACUGUGGCACUCUGAAGCAGUAAAGAAGGGGCAGAUUUGUACAAAACUUUUCUAGAUUCCAUCAGCAAUGACCUAAAAACCUACACGGGUUUGUCAUUCUGCAUGACCAGCCAGCUGCUCUGGAGAAAGAAGCUGCAAGUUAUUUGUUUUAUCUUAACAGAGAGCAAAGGAGGCAAUACUCUAAGGGAUCAAACUGAAGGAGGGAUGUGCAGUUUUAAAGCAGGGAUUUGUUGAAGGCAAAUGAGAAGAUGGGAGCAUUCCAGUUUUGUGUUUCCCUCUGAAGGAAAAAAAAGCAAAAAAAAACAAAACAAGUUUCUUCUUACCUUCUGACAAGUCCCUCAAGGUCUUGAAAUGAAAGGUUCUAUGCAAGUGCAAAGUUUUAUAAUUACUUAUAUUGCCUAUUAUUAUUUUUUCCUCUGUUGUCUCAAGAGUAUGUACUGGUUUCAGAGACGUCUUGCAUUGAAAGAAUAUCCGAUAGCUUUUAAAGUAGGUAAAUGACCACGAGAAUAUCUUAGAAUAUACACACUAUUCCUACACCAUAACCUCUUCUCAUGCUUUUCUAAUUUUUAGAAAAGACACAUCAUCAUUCUAAAAUCAUUCUACUGCUCACAGAAUAUAGACUGCCAUGAAAAUCAUUAAAAAUCUACAGUAGUAGUGACAAACCUAAUUCUCUAGAUCAAGCUCAGCCUGACAAUUGUUUCCAUUUAUAAAUCGUUUGAUAGUUUUCCAAACACUUUCCACAUGUUAGCAAAUUAUUCCUAUUUUUUUAUAGGGGAGGGAAUUUUGAGAAUCAGAGAAAUUAAAUAGCAUGCUAAAAAUCUCCAGGCUAGCUUCUGGCACCACUGGGGCCUAAUCUCAAGUAUUCUGAUUCUGAAGUUUGUGAUUCUGUCCACUAGAGACUCUAAUAUACAGACAUACAGUUCAGGAAAGCGAGCUACACAUUCAUUGAAGCAGCAUAUGAAGUUAGAACAAAAUGAAAUACAUGAGAUGACAAGCAGCUGAGAUAUUGUGAUAUAUAGUCAUAAUCAUAGCUUCAGCUAAUCCUUGUACACUGAACCAAUGCCAUAAUCAGGCUUAUUUAGAAAAUAUUUUGAACUAUCCUAUAAAGGGUUAUAUCAGAAUUCAUAUUAUGCAUAUGUGUUCACAUCAGCGCUACCUGUGGUAUUUUCAUGUAUUUAUAUGUGUGUUAUAAAUACUUGAUUUAUACAUAUACAAACACACAUUCAUAGUGUGUUUGUGUGCUUAUGUAUAAAUUUAUAGGCACACAGUAAUAGGGAUAAUUAUAAGUAGGGUGCAGUAUGAAUAAUUUGCUUAAAAUUUGCUAAAUAACCAAAACUUUUUAAUGUCAUGUUGCUGUUAGUGCUUCCAUUUUCCAUGUGGGUAGACUACGUCACACUUUUCAACUCUGUGCAGUACUGCAUGGGUGGAAGACAUAUUUCAGAUAAUGUGCUUCCCCAACAACUGAAUCAAAGCCAUCCCGCUACAUUGAGUCCUUUCUUUGGCUCCUUGCAAAGGAAAACGCAGACUGAAAUAGAUCUCCUUAUGUAAAGGUCCAGGAAAGGAAAAUUGAUUUUUGAAAUCUUUUUGCACAUUUUAUUAUGCACAUCUUGUCCCACUGUGACCCCUUGUGUUCAGAAUCCAAACAUUCCAGAAGGGAGCUGGACUGUUGGGAGCCCUGGGUCUUGAAGUUCAGUGGUGAGAAAGCCAAGACCCAACCUUGAGGUGAGCAACUCUUAGGAAUUCCCACAGCUGAAUGCGAAUGCAUGCACAAGAGUGGAAAAUGCUGUCCUUUGCAAAGGGCCUUGACAACAACAGGACCCCCUGAUCAGGAGUAGACUUGUGUUUAACUUUUCUUUUUGCAAAUUGGAACUUCUAUAAUGCCAAUGACAUUAAGUUGUAUAACUAUUUAAAUAAGUGACUGCAUACACACAUGCCCUCGAUUAUUUUGUUCUCCCUUCUUCCUCCCUUAUGCGAACUUUUGUUUUCAAGGACGAGUUUUGUUCUGACCUUGUAUCACUGCUACAGAAUAUCUCAUGAGGGGAAUGCCUGUGACCACUGCCCAGAUGGCUAAAUAAGCAGUUAAAGCAGUUUCUUCACAACCCAUAAACAUGGAAUGCAGACACUCUGAGGUUGUGAUAGCAAAUGCUAUUCUAAAGAAUAGAGGGGUAGGAGGGAUUUAUAUUUAAACUGACAGCACAUGAAGGAAUGUUUUCUGGUUGUCAGGGCUGGAAUGAAUCACUGCUGCUCAAGUCAAAGGAUCUUGAAGAUCCUUAGGUUUUGUAUUU